AUAAUUUUCAGCACAGCUUGUAUUAUCACUUUUGUCUGUGCUGAUUAAAGUCUAAUCAGGUAAUUAUUGUGGUAAAAAGGAAGAUGGCAAAGGUUUUGAUGACCUCAAAUUCAAAGAGAGAUUUGUGGAACAUUCUAAGUAUUGCCCUCAUCGCUGCAGGAGCCUGGGCCCAGACAGUUACCCAGAAACCUGAUGAGGUUGUGUAUAAACUGUCUCAGAAUGCCUCAAUGGACUGCCACUUCAUCCACACUCCAGACCAGCAGGUGGCAAAGAAUCCCAUUCUCUACUGGCAUAAAAUUACAAGUUUGACUCAAAUGACAAGACUGUGGCCUGAUCCAGAGUCACCGUACAAGGGUCGUGUGGAGGUUCUGGACAGUGACCGCAACUCACCGAACAGAUCUGUACUUCUGAAGAAUGUCCAGUGGGAGGAUAGCAGUGGAAAGUAUGAGUGUAAACUGUCUUAUAGGGCCGCCAAACAAGAUAAGAGGACGAAAGGGAGCGGCGUUAAGCUGUUGAUACAUGAUUUGAUGUACUUUGGGCUUGACCCUGAGAAUGAGACCCAACUCAUGUGUGCUGUGAAUGUUUCCCGGGAUGAUGGGUUUUUCUUAUCCUUGCUACAAGACGGAUCUAAAGUAUUCCAAAAGACCAUUGAUCCUCUUCACCCCAGCAUGUCACUGCCUGUUACCCUGUCUGUGAUCCUCCCCUUGGAGAAGGGAAAGAAUUAUGAGUGUCAAAUCCACCUGGGCUCCACUAUGAUAAUGAGCCAGCCCUUCGAACAGCCGCUUGAGACGCCAGAGAAGGUGCUUCCUGAACCAGUUUUCCUGUUCGUGGCCAUCCUCCUGGUCCCCAUCACCGUGCUUCUGACUCUGCUCACAGCCCUUCUUGUUCUAAGCAGAUAAGACAGGAGAUAGUAAGACUGACAAUGCCAGAUAUACAGUGCAUUCAGAACGUUUUAAUUUCACCUUUAUUUAACCAGGUAGGCUAGUUGAGAACAAGUUCUCAUUUGCAACUGUGACCUGGCCAAGAUAAAGCAUAGCAAUUUGACACAUAAAACAACAACAGAGUUACGCAUGGAAUAAACAAAACAUACAGUAAAUACAGUAGAAAAAAAUUAAACAAAAGUCUAUAUACAGUGAGUGCAAAUGAAGUAAGAUAAGGGAGUUAAGGUAAUAAAUAGGCCAUGGUGGCGAAGUAAUUACAAUAUAGCAAUUAAACACUGGAAUGGAAGAUGUGCAGAAGAUGAAUGUGCAAGUCGUGAUACUGGGGCGCAAAGGAGCAAGAUAAAUAAAUAAAUACAGUAUGGGGAUGAGGUAGAUAGAUGGGCUAUGUACAGGUGCAGUGAUCUGUAAGCUGCUCUGACAGCUGAUGCUUAAAGCAAGUGAGGGAGAUGUGAGUCUCCAGCUUCAGUGAUUUUUGCAGUUCAUUCCAGGCAUUAACAACAGAGAACUGGAAGGAAAGGUGACCAAAGGACGAAUUGGCUUUGGGGGUGACCAGUGAGAUAUACCUGCUGGAGCGCAUGCUACGAGUGGGUGCUGCUAUGGUGACCAGUGAGCUGAGAUAAGGUGGGGCUUUACCUAGCAGAGACUUGUAGAUGACCUGUAGCCAGUGUGUUGGGCGACGAGUAUGAAGUGAGGGCCAACCUACAAGCGUACAGGUCGCAGUGGUGGGUAGUAUAUGGGGCUUUGGUGACAAAACGGAUGGCACUGUGAUGGACUGCAUCCAAUUUGUUGAGUAGGGUGUUGGAGGCUAUUUUAUAGAUGACAUUGCCGAAGUCGAGGAUCGGUAGGAUGGUCAGUUUUACGAGGGUAUGUUUGGCAGCAUGAGUGAAGGAUGCUUUGUUGCGACAUAGGAAGCCGAUUCUAGAUUUAAUUUUGGAUUGGUGAAAGUGAACAGUUUUUGUUGUGCAAAUGUAUUAAAAAUAAAAAAACGGAAUAUGCAUUUACAUAAGAAUUCAGACCCUUUACUCAGUACUUUGUUGAGCACCUUUGGCAAUGAUUUGGCAGCGAUUACAGACUCAAGUCUUCUAGGGUAUGAAGCUACAAGCUUGGGGAGUUUCUCCCAUUCUUCUCUGCAGACCCUCUCAAGCUCUGUCAGGUUGGAUGGGGAGUGUCACUGCUCAGCUAUUUUCAGGUCUCUCCAGAGAAGUUUGUUCGGGUUCAAGUCCGGGCUCUGGCUGGGCAACUCAAGGACAUUCAGAGGCUUGUCCCGAAGCCACUCCUGCAUUAUCUUGACUGUGUGCUCAGGGUCAUUGUCCUGUUGGAAGGUGAACCUUCAACCCAGUCUGAGGUCCUGAGCAAUCUGGAGCAGGUUUUCAUCAAGGAUCUCUCUGUACUUUGUUCCAUUCAUCUUUCCCUUGAUCCUGACUAGUCUCCCAGUCCCUGCCACUGGAAAACUUCCCCACAGAAUAAUGCUGCCACCACCAAGCUUCACCUUAGGGAUGGUGCCAGGUUUCCUCCAGACGUGACGCUUGGCAUUCAGGCCAAAGAAUUCAAUCUUGGUUUCAUCAGACCACAGAAUCUUGUUUGUCAUGGUCUGAGAGUCCUUUAGAUGCCUUUUGGCAAACUCCAAGCGGGCUGUCAUGUGCCUUUUACUGAGGAGUGGCUUCCGUCUGGCCACUCUACCAUAAAGGCCUGAUUGGUGGAGUGCUGCAGAGGUGGUUGUCCUUCUGGAAGGUUAUCCCAUCUCCACAGAGGAACUCUGGAACUCUGUCAGAGUGACCAUCAGGUUCUUGGUCACAUCCCCGACCAAGGCCCUUCUCUCCCGAUUGCUCGGUUUGGCCGGGUGGCCAGCUCUAGGAGAAGUCUUGGUGGGUCCAAACUUCUUCAAUUUAAGAAUGAUGGAGGCCACUGUGUUCUUGGUGACCUUCAUUGCUGCAGACAUGUUUUGGUACCCUUCCCCAGAUCUGUGGCUUGAAACAGUCCUGUCUUGGAGCUCUUACGGACAAUUCUUUUGACCUCAUGGCUUGGUUUUUGCUCUGACAUGCACUAUCAACUGUGGGACUUUAUAUGGACAGGUGUGUGCCUUUCCAAAUCAUGUCCAAUCAAUUGAAUUUACCACAGGUGGAGUCCAAUCAAGUUGUAGAAACAUCAAGGAUAAUCAAUGGAAACAGGAUGCACCUGAGCUCAAUUUUGAGUCUCAUAGCAACGGGUUUGAAUACUUAUGUAAAUGUUUAAAUACAUUUGCAAAAAAAAAAACUUUUCACUGUCAUUAUGGGGUAUUGUGUGUAGACUGAUGAGUACAUUUCUUUUUUUAAUCCAUUUUAGAAUAAGGCUGUGACGUAACAAAAUGUGGAAAAUAUCAAGGAGUCUGAAUACUUUCCAAAUGCACUGGAGUUGCUUACCAAGACAAUAUUAAAUGUUUCUGAGUAGCCUAGUUAAAGUUUUGACUUAAAUGGACAUGAAAAUCUAUGGCAAGACUUGAAAAUGACUGGCUAGCAAUGAUCAACACCCAACUUGAUAGAUCUUUAAGAAUAACAUUUAAAAAAUGUGCAAAUAUUGUACAAUCCAGGUGUGCAAAGCUCUUAAAGACUUACCCAAUUAGACUCAUAGCUAUAAUCACUACCAAAGGUGAUUCUAACAUUUAUUGACACAUGGGUUGAAUAGCUAUGUAAUCAAGAUAUUAGUAUUUUAUUUUUCAUAACAUUUAACAUUUGUUAAAUGUUAGAAACAGAAAAAGAGACAGAAUUAGGAUUACAGAUCAUAGUCUCAUUAAAAGUUAAAAUGCAGCAUGUGUUGAUUGGAUAACUAUUUGAUCUGCUGUAUGUUGGAGGCAGCUACAUCAUCAUCUUGACACUGGCAGCCAGUGGGAACAAGCUAUGAGCUUACUAGAUGUUGUAUACUGACAACACUCAAUACAUUUUGUUCAAUUCUCAGCCAUAUUCACAAUUUCCUUCAAUGUUUUAAAUUUGUAUAUUUUACUGUUAGCUUAUGACAUACAAUUGAAGUCAGAAGUUUACAUGCACCUUAGCCAAAUACAUUUAAACUCAGUUUUUCACAAUUACUGACAUUUAAUCCUAGUAAAGGUGGCAUCCUAUGACGGUGUCAAGUUGAAAGUCACUAAGCUCUUCAGUAAGGUCAUUCUUCUGCCAAUGUUUGUCUAUGUAGAUUGCAUGGCUGUGUACUCUAUUUUAUACACCUGUCAGCAACGGGUGUGGCUGAAAUAGCCAAAUCAUCAAAUCAAAUUUUAUUUGUCACAUACACAUGGUUAGCAGAUGUUAAUGCGAGUGUAGCGAAAUGCUUGUGCUUCUAGUUCCGACAAUGCAGUAAUAACCAACAAGUAAUCUAACUAACAAUUCCAAUUGACUCAUUUGAAGUGUUGUCCACAUACUUUUGUAUAUAUAGUGUAUGUUUCUCUUAUGUCAAGUCUGUCAACAGCUAAAACUGUUUUUAAAAGUGUUAUAUACCAAAUCUAACACAAGAACGUUGUUUAAGGGAUUUUAUACAUAUUGGAGCACUGUCAACAACACAGAUUCCUCUACCCCUUCUGACUCCAACUUUCAGUAGUAAAUAUCAUGCAUGUUGAAGUUCUGAUUUUUUUUUCUUUCAGUUUGACACAUUCAAUGAAACAAUUUCCAUCUGCAACAACCAAAUGACUCAGAAGUCUCAACCUAUAACACCACCUCUCAGGUUUCCAAAUAAUGUGUGGGCUUUUUUCCACAGCAAGUUAUAGUGUAACGUGUAACUUAGGUGUUUUGAUGAACUACACUUGUGUGAUUUGUAAGAAAGACAAUGUAUGUUUAUUGUCAUGUGAUACACUUGACAGGAUUUCAA